CACCCUUUCUCUUUCAACCUCAACUUUUUCCAACCAACAUUUAUAUACAUAUCAUAUAUUUGAAAGUGAUUAUUUAUCAAGUUAUUGCACUUGUUUGAAGUUCAUUGAAGCUUUUGUUGUUUCCAAAGUUUGAUAAGCAGUGCAGAUUCCCAUUGUAUUGGCUUUCGUUUGUGUUUUUGAAUCAUACAGCAAGAUAGAAGAAAAGUCUCUUUUGGCUGCAGUCAUUGACCUAUGGUUUUGAGAGAAUCGAGGAUAUAAAUUACGGGUGCCAAUUAAGCAACUCUUCCCUAAAUUCACAAGCUACUCCAAUGAGAAUAUCCAAAGUUCACUCAUGGAUCCCGGGUUAUCAUUUGUGGAUUCUGGUAUUUUUAGUUAGUUUAUUAUUGUUGGGAGUGUUAUCACGAUCAUUUCGAAGUGGUUUUUCUGAUGAAAGCAAUGAAUAUCAGCCACCAAAGAUUAUCCCAUCCAAAGGGAAUGGCUACCCCCCUGUAAUUGCUUACUGGAUUUUUGGUACUAAUGGAGAAAGUAAGAAAAUGUUGAGGUUGUUGAAGGCAAUAUAUCAUCCAAGAAACCAGUACUUGUUGCAACUUGAUGCUGAAUCAUCAGACCAUGAAAGGGGAGAUUUAGCACUUUCAAUUCAAUCCGAAAAGGUGUUCCAAGCCUUUGGGAAUGUUCAUGUUGUCGGAAAAAGUUAUGCUGUUAACCGGAUGGGUGCCUCAGCUCUAGGUGCCACGCUUCAUGCUGCUGCUUUGCUUCUUAAGAUUAGUACCGAUUGGGACUGGUUCAUUACAUUAAGUGCUUCAGACUAUCCACUUAUGACUCAGGAUGAUCUCCUCCAUGCUUUCACUUUCUUGCCAAGGGAUCUCAACUUUGUUCAUUAUACUAACAAGACCAGCUGGAUUUGGAAAGAGCGGAAACUGAGUAAUCAAAUUGUUGUAGACCCCAGUUUGCAUAAUCAAAAGAGCAGUCCACUUUUCUAUGCUGUAGAGACCCGAGAAACGCCAGAUGCUUUCAAAUUAUUUGGAGGUUCUCCUUGGGUUAUCCUUACAAGAGCAUUCAUGGAAUACUGCAUUAGAGGAUGGGACAAUUCUCCAAGAAAACUAUUAAUGUACUUCAGCAAUGUGGCUUACCCUCUUGAAUCCUACUUCCAUACAGUUCUUUGCAACUCAGCUGACUUCCAAAACACCACAGUGGACAAUGAUUUAAGGUACAUUAUUUGGGACACUACACAUGGUGAAGCCAAUGUCCUAAACAUGUUACACUAUGAUAAAAUGGUAGCUAGUGGGACAGUUUUUGCAAGGCCAUUUCAAGAAGGUGAUCGGGUGCUAAACAAAAUCGAUAUCAGUGUCUUAAACCGUCCGCCAAAUGGAUUGGUUCCUGGAGAAUGGUGCAUAGACAAAGGAAUGAAUAGGAGUACAGAGACUUCAAAGCAGCAUGAGGAAUUAUGUUCAACUUGGGGCAACAUUAAUGCUAUAAAGCCAGGGCCUUAUGGCAUCAAACUUGGAGUUCUAUUGUCUGAACUUGCUAGGGGAGGGACUCUCAGAACUAGUCCAUGCGAACAACAGUCAGAAAGUAGAAAUAUUACAAGAACCAUGUGAUGUGGAAAUUAUUUCCAAAUCUGAUUAGAUUAAAUUCUUUUAGCCAAACUUAUUCAUUUGUAAAUUUUUGGUUUACAAGCUGCCCUUUAAAUGUACUGUCAUGUAAGCCAAGAGAAGAGAUUAAUUUCUUGUCUC